AUGGCGCCGUACGAGCGGCCGGGCGACGGGGGCUCCGCCCUCAGCGGCGUCGUCAUCGGCCUGCUGUCCUCCUUCGGCUCCGCCAUCCUCAUCGCCCUCAUCUUCCUCAUCAUCUACUUCUUCCGCUACACACAAUCGGGACGCAUCCUCCUCGACAGGAUCGGCCGGCCGGGCGAGUACGAUGACGAACAGGCCUUUGCGCGGGAGGAGGAGGAGGCGCUGGAGACGAUGGACGAGAUGCAGCGGACGGAAUACCUGAGGGCAAAAGCAUUUAUCGCAGCGAAUCCACCCGAGUCCGCACAGACCGACAUCUCUCUAUCGCAGUAUCUUGCCAUACAAGAGAAGGGCGUGUCUGCCUGGGAGUUUGAGCCCGAGCUCGAGAUCGCCAACUGUUUUGUCGAAGGCCGCACCGAGAUCGAGUUCUUCGACUCUGAAUGUACCGUCAUGAGCAAUCUACCGGUGCCCAAACAGAACGAGGUCUACUACUGGGAAGCAAAGCUGUACGAGAAGCCCGAGUCAACGUUGCUCAGCAUCGGCAUGGCAACGAAACCGUACCCGUUGUUCAGGCUUCCCGGCUUCCACAAACAGUCCGUUGGCUACCUCUCUUCCGGAUUCCGCCGCUACAACCAACCCUUCACUCCCGUUUCCUAUGGUCCGCAGUACGUGCAAGGAGAUGUCAUCGGCGUAGGAUAUCGACCUCGCACCGGGACGAUCUUCUUCACGCGCAACGGCAAGAAGCUCGAGGAUGUGGUCCACGGCCUCAAGUCUCAGAACUUCUUCCCGGCGAUAGGCGCCACCGGCCCCGCGACGAUUCAUGUCAACUUCGGUCAGGCCGGCUUUGUUUUCAUCGAGGCCAAUGUGAAGAAGUGGGGGCUCGCACCGGUCACAGGCUCCCUCGCGCCUCCGCCGCCGUACGGCUCCGAGCAAGGCAGCAUCCUGUUGGAAUCAGGCAGGAAGGAUGGCUACACCGGUGCACCGGCUAGAGGCCACGGCUACAGCCAAUCUCUUCAGACCUACCGCACCCAGCCCAACCCUUCCGACACGCACACUCAUAAUCGCUCUCGGUCAGGAAACUUCCGCAUGCUGCCACCCACGAGCCCGGGUCCGGUGCGAAGCCCCACCGACAUCUCACUUGCCCAGCUAAUGCCCAAUGAGGAGCCCGGCGAGCCUAGCAGUAGCGCCGCUGGCGAAGGAGGCACGGCCGUGGUUGGACUCGGAGUCGACCACCCUAGCCACCCGCCACCACCCGAGUAUACGAGUCCCGAGCAUUCGGAGGCCGGCAGUCGUCGGAACAGCUCUGAUAGCGACAGCACGCCUCUGAUUCGAGGGGGACGAAGCCGGGGUGCUUCGGCAGCGACACUCCGGGCUAACACUACCACGCCACACAUCGACGGUCCACCGAUUCCCAGCUACCAUGAUGCUGUCCGUCAAGGUGCUGGCCGAGACCGUAGCGACAGUACGAGAUCGAACCGGACGUAA